AUGCUUAAAUUUAAGAAUGUUCUUAAACAAGGUACAAAUGUGAUUAUAAUUAACAAUUAUUUUUAUAAAAGAUACUUGUCUAAAAUAAACAGUAAAAUUUUAUAUAAAUAUAACUCAGAAGAUUAUAUUACAAAUGACAGAAGGAUUAAAAUAAAUGAUAUGAAUUCUUCUGUUCUUUGCAUAUUCUCAAAUAUGUUAUUAAAAGAAAAUAUUAAAAAUGAUUUGAUAUGGAAAAAAAUAGAAAAAAGAUCUUAUGAAUUAAUAGAUAAAUUUGAAGUUAAUGAUAUAGCUUCAUUUUUAUUUUGCUUGAGUAAGGUUCGCUAUGAAACCAAUUUAUUUGAAAGUUUUAUUCCUAUAAUAAAAAUAAAAUGCGAAUAUUUUAACACAUCUAAUUUAGCUAUGCUGAUAUCAGCAUACUCAAAGAGGAAAAAGGAAGACUUAAUUAUAUUGUUAAAAGAAGAAUUAAAAAAGAAAGUCCAUACUCUUCAUAAUAUGGUUGAGAUAUCGAUGAUAUUAAAUGCUCUAGUUAAAUGUAAAAUAAAUGAUGAAGAUUUAUUUAGCAAAAUGAGCAAUAUUAUUAUUGAUAAUGUAGUUUAUAAUAAUGUUCAUGUAAGAGAUAUAUGUGUCAUUACUUACUGCUAUGCGUAUAUAUUAUAUAAAAACAUGAAUAUUUUCAAAAUAUUAUCUCAGAAAAUAAUUAUUUUAAUGGAUGAUGUUAACCUUGUUGACCUAUGUAGAGUAUUAUAUUCAUAUAUGAGAAUAAAUAGAAACUUUAAUCAUAUAUUAAAACUUUCUGCAUUCAAACUGGAAAAUAUUAUUGAAAAAAGUAGCAUUAGUGACGUGAUUAAUUGUAUUCAUUUUUUACCAAUUUUAAAACAAAUAGUAGAAAAACAUGAAUAUAAUGAUAUAAACUGUGAAAUUAUAGAUGAAAAUGAAUUUAAUUAUUUUAUAAACUAUUUUAAUUUAUUUAAUUAUAUAGUAAAUGUUUUUAAUGGUAAGCUUAUAAGUUAUACAAAUAUAUUAAAUUCAAAUCAAAUAAGUAACAUUUUUUAUAUGUACUCAAGAUAUAACAUACUUAUGCGUCUAUCUGAAUUGGAAGUAUUUAUUUAUAAAAUAAAAAAUAUGAUAUUAACAAACGAUCUAAAAAUUUAUAUUUUGUAUUCUUUAACCUUACUUUUAAAAAAUUAUGAAAACAACACUAUAUACGAUUUUAAUUUUCUUAACGUAAACAAAAUUUUUGUGAAAAAAACUGAAAAUUUGAAUGAAAAAUUUAAAAAAGAAAAUAUAAAGUGCGUAAAUAAACUUGAUUAUAAUAAAUUGAAAAAUAAUUUAGUGAGUUGCUUAAAAGAAUGGGAAAAUGAUAUUAAUUUGUUUAUAAAUAAUUAUGAUGUUUGUUUAACUCAAGAUGUUAUAAAGGUACUUAAUAUUUGUUUAAUUCUAAAUUACACACAUGAUUCCAUCUUAAAUAAUAUAAAACAUUAUAUAAUAUUUAAUUACAAAAAUAUAAAUGAACACAAUGCAUAUACACUAAUAUUUUAUUUUCAAAAACUGAACAAAUUAAAUGAAGACGAAGAUUUUUAUGAAAUUCUCAAAAAUAAAAUAAAAUCUUUGAAAUAA